CACACACACACACACAGAGAGAGUUCAGAAUGACACAGCUCUGAUCAGAGGAGGUGAUCUCUGAAAUUGCUCAGUGAGCACCUUUAAUUUCCCUGAUUCACAUUCACUGUCAAUCAAAUCCAAUGGAAACCAAUCAGAAAGUGAACCAGGACGGAGGAGGGUUGGGCCCGCAGAAGGAGGCGGCGCUGCGGCUGCUGACACAACGCACCAGAUACCAACUGCGGCAGGAGAACGGUCAGCGGCGGUAUGGCGGUCCACCGCCGGACUGGGACGGUACUCCACCAGAGAGAGGCAGCGAGAUCUUUGUGGGGAAAUUACCACGAGAUCUGUUUGAAGACGAACUGGUUCCACUGUGUGAGAAGUUUGGGAAAAUCUAUGAAGUGAGGAUGAUGAUGGACUUUAACGGGAACAACCGAGGUUACGCCUUCGUUACCUUCAGCACGAAGCAGGAGGCCAAAGCAGCCAUCAAGCAGCUCAACAACUAUGAGAUCAGGAACGGUCGCCUCCUCGGCGUCUGUGCCAGCGUGGACAACUGCCGGCUGUUUGUGGGCGGGAUUCCCAAAACCAAGAAGCGUGAGGAGAUCCUGACUGAGAUGAGGAAGGUCACCGAGGGGGUGAUGGAUGUCAUCGUCUACCCCAGCGCCGCCGACAAAUCCAAGAACCGAGGUUUUGCGUUUGUCGAGUACGAGAGCCACCGAGCCGCUGCCAUGGCCCGACGCAAACUUUUGCCAGGUCGUAUUCAGUUGUGGGGUCAUGCCAUCGCCGUGGACUGGGCGGAACCAGAGGUGGAGGUUGACGAGGACACCAUGGCAAGUGUGAAGAUACUGUACGUUAGGAACCUGAUGCUGCAGACGACAGAGGAGACCAUCGAGAAGGAGUUCAACAGCCUCAAACCAGGUGCAGUGGAGCGAGUGAAGAAGAUCAGAGACUACGCCUUUGUCCAUUUCACUCAGAGAGAAGACGCCAUCAACGCCAUGAACACUCUCAAUGGGAAGGUGGUGGACGGGUCUCCUAUCGAGGUGACUCUGGCCAAGCCAGUGGACAAGGACAGUUAUGUUCGUUACACCAGAGGGACGGGAGGACGAGGAGCAUCUCUGCUGCAGACGGACUACACCGCCUAUCCUGUAGGACAGGUGUACGAGCCCUCUGCCGCGUACCUUGGUGCGCCCGUGUUUUACGCCCCCCAGGCCUACGCUGCUAUUCCCGGUCAGUUCCGCUUCCCAACAGCAAAGGCUCACAUCGGCGGUCGUGGUCUGAUCCGGACGCCAUCUGUUCGAGAAAUUUACAUGACCUUACCUGUAGGGGCUGCCGGGGUGCGGGGGCUGGGUGGGCGGGGCUACCUGGCCUAUACCGCCGGGGGCGGAGCUGUGGGUCGAGGCAGCGGCGGCGCUUCAUCUUAUGGACUGAAGGCGGACAAGCAGCUGGAGGAGAAGCUGUACGAUCUGCUGCCCGGCAUGGAGCUGACCCCCUUGAACCUGAAGACCGGAGCCAUCAAACCUGCGCCACAGGUUCUGGAGGAGUUGUGUCAGAAGAAUAACUGGGGGCAACCCGUAUAUCAGCUUCACUCUGCCAUUGGUCCAGAUCAGAGACAACUGUUCCUCUACAAGAUCACAGUACCAGCUCUUGCGACGCAGUACCCUAAUGUACAUCCCUUCACCCCCACUAAACUGUGUGCAGGAGUAGAAGAAGCUAAAGUCCACGCCGCUGAACACACCCUGCAGACGCUCGGCCUGCAGACAGAGGGCGCUGCUGAUGCCACCUGUGCCACUGCUGCCGCCGUGGCCUCAGUGGCCUUCCCAGGUUACACGCUGGCGAGCCCGGCGGCGGUCGCCUCUCAGCUGAAGCAGGCCGUGUCUCUUGGUCAGGACCUCGCCGCCUUCACCACCUACGAGGGCUACCCCGCGUUUGCCGUGGCGACGCGCCACAGCGACGGCUACGGCGUCUUCUAGAGGAAGAAAACUCGUCGUCACGUUUUCUUUCUGCAGAUUUGACUUCAGUGAAAAACAUCGGAUUUCUUUCACUCGUCUGUCACCCUGAAAAUAAUCUCUCACCUUUUCCUUUAUAAUUUUCUUCUGCUCAUCAUGUGACCGGAAUCACAAGGUCGUCGAUAUCUUAGAUUAAUGAUUGAUUAGUGAGUGGCCUGUGAUUAGCUGUACGUGAGAAUGUUUUCUUUUCGUUAAUUAGCUAAAUUGCUUUUAUUAUUAUUAUUAUUAUUAUUAUUAUAUUUGCUUUAUUUGAUUUUUGGUUUUCAUGAAACUUCUGUCGUGAAUAUUUGAAAGUUUCAUCUUCAGAGACAUUUUCAAAAACGUCCUCGUCUUGAAGCAUCGGUGCUAACAAUCAUUCAUUCACGCUAAUAAAUCACAGCGAGUUCAAA